AUUCCACCAAAAUUCACACCAAUCCAUCACAAACCUCCCACCAAAACAAAAAUACAUAUUUUUGAUUGUUGUAAAGGUGACAGCUUUCCGAGGUAUAUCUCCCAACCGUGCCACUAUCACGGGCGGGAUAUGGUCUCAUAAAAGCACACCACACCUAGAUGUAUUAAAAAACAAACAUCAUCGAACUGGGUCCCACUUUCAAAAAUGGAGGUCCAACGUAUGAGGGAAUUGAUGAUCCUAUGGUCUACUCUGCAAAUUAACCGCGUCGCUCUUGUGGGUGGAAACCAUACCGCCGCUCGAUUUUGCACUCGCUAAAUUCCUUUUUUACCCUCAUUCUCUUUUCUCUCUCUGCCUCCCCUAUAAUUCCCGCUUUUUUUCUUCUCUCCCAAAACCCAAAACUACACAUAUAAUAUUCACCUAAAUUCUCUCUAUAAUUUAUCAAUAUCACCAUUAAUUAUACUUUAUCAUAAUGUCUAUAGAUCUUAUUGAUGCUACUUUAUCAAAAGGCUAUUGCAAUAGAAAAAGCAAUAACCCGCUGGCAGCCCGGUAUCUCAUCAUCCGGCUUCCAAGUUCCGAAUUCAUCAAAAUAUUCCAACGCUUACUUCUUUUGAUUUUCGCUUUAGCUUCUCUCCAAUUCAUAAUCAAUUCCAGAAGAAUCACUUCUUCAAAAUCAAUCGUGGAUUUCACCGCGAAUUCAAUGGACAACGAGCAAGUACUAUCGAUUUUAUUUCAUGACUUAACCAACGAAGGCCUUCUUAAGAAAACGCAACACAAAGCAGUUUUCCUCACAAACGACGAGUCGUUGAAAGGCGUAACCGGUUUCGACAACGAAAUGGAAUUUGUUCGAUUAAACGACAUUGAGAAACAGAACUCUGUCGUUGAUAAUACUGUUGAUUUUAUUUUCACAACUAACUUUCCUGAAGCUUCUAGAUUCAUCGAGAGGGCUCUGAAACCUGAAGGCGUCGUAACGGUUCUAAUGAACGAUAAUAAUCCAGCUUCGUUUUAUAAGCCAAAGAAUUAUAGAAUUGUUUACAUGCGACAAUUUGAUUCUGUCGCGGUGGCGAUGAAGAAAACUGCCAUCGUUACUAACAAACUUAACCUCGCCGUGCCGAGAAAACUCUUUAGUUACGCUGAAGCAAAGAAAAUUGCAUUGCAGAAUCUGGAAGACGUUCUGUUAGAGCCACCAAGAGCCGCGUCAGGAAAAUCACGAAAGUAUUUGAAGCGAACAAAGUAUUUACCUGAUUUAAUGGGAGAUUCACUCGAAAGCUACUCUCGCCGUGUCUUCAUCGACGUAGGAUUAUCUGAGAAAAACGGAGGAAGCGGCACCGAUUGGUUUUUGAAGAAUUACCCGACGAGGAACCAGAAAUUUGAGAUGAUUAAGAUAGAGACAACAUUGUUGCCAGAGAAGUCGGAGUCGUCGGAGAAGAAGGUAGUGUCGAUGUCGGGUUGGUUGAAUAAGAAUGUGAAAGAAGAAGAGUAUGUUGUGAUGAAAGCGGAAGCUGAAGUUGUGGAAGAGAUUAUGAGAAGCAAUUCUAUUGGUUUAGUGGAUGAACUUUUCUUGGAGUGCAAGCCAAACCAUGGUUUUAAAACUGAGAAUAAAAAUAGAAGAGCUUAUUGGGAAUGUUUGGCUUUGUAUGGUAAGUUAAGAGACGAAGGAGUUGCAGUGCAUCAAUGGUGGGGUUAGUUGAAGAUUAAAGAAUAAUGAAUGGUGUGUUAUGUGCUAAAUGGUUGAUUAAAGAAAGAGAUUAACCAGGUGGUGUGUUUAUAUGUAGGGUUAAUUAAGAGAAAGAUUUGAAAAGAGUUUGGGAGUUUUCAGAGACAGAGAGGGCCAAGAAUGGAUUCUUCCUUGAAAAAAAAACAAAUAGUUUUAUUUAUAUUUCGUGUCUAUUUUUUUUAUGGGUUGUUAUAAUUAUGCAUUUGUUUAAUUAUAUCAAAUGUAUCAGUUUGUUGGUGUGAGGAGUGUGGUUGUUUGUGAAGGGAGUGUGAAAAGGAAUGACGUUAUAUAAUGAAUAUUACUAUGCUCCAAUGGAUGGGUGUUAUGAUUUAUGGAACACAAUAUGUAUUUUUAUAUUGUAUAACAUAUAUUUUAUUUUUU